GCUUGCUGCCGUUGUGCUUUAUAUGUAGUUUCUUACGAUAGAGGGAUGGCCAGUGGUGUCACUGCGAGGUGACUACGCUGUGGACAUGUUCUGAAGAAAGUAGUCAAUUGUGCGGCGCACGCACAACGCGCGGAGGAACUGCCGUCAGCGUUUUAAUUCGUUGUCUCUCUGCCUUCCUAUAAGAGCUCCAACAUGCUCCACUCGUCGAGGGAUGACAAGAUACCCGUGGUCAAUAACUUCAUGGAUGCGGGGCACGAGCCUGGCAAAGGGCUGUACUUUGCCGAUGGGAAGAGGAAAGUGGACUAUGUGCUGGUGUAUCACCACCGGAGACCAUCGUCGGUCCACGAGUCCCCUGGCCACCAUAGGCUCUCUGUCAUCUCCAACGGCAGCUUCCCCCGGGUGGGGAGCAAGGAGUCAGAGGGGGUCAAGGAAGAGCACGCGGAGGUGGUGGUAGACAUGGGCCCUAUUGACCAUGUGGAAGGUGAGAAACUCCUGAUCCGGGAAGAGUUCGAGGCAAACCUGAAGGACGCAGGUCUGGAGAUUGAACGGGACAGCGAGCAUGGUGGUCCACGGGCCAAGGUCCAUGGGCAUGGUUUCAUCCGGUUGCAUGCCCCCUGGCAGGUGCUGAGUAGGGAGGCAGAGUUCCUCAAGAUCAAGGUGCCCACCAAAAAGAACUACGAGCUAAAAGAAGACAAGGGUCUGUCGGCCACGAUGGGGUCAGUGUGGAGGAAGCUAAACCAGCCCUUUCAGCCACAUGUGCCCCACCUACACCCGCAGAGCCGCACCAAGUUCCUCUCACACAGCUUCUCCCGGGACAAGCUCCACCUCUAUAACAUCGAGUGCAAAGACACCUUCUUUGACAAUGCCACAAGGAGUCGGAUUGUGUAUGAAAUCCUUCGACGCACUGCCUGCACACGGACCUGCCAAACCAUGGGCAUCACCACCCUAGUAGCUAAAGGGGUGUACGACUCUGCCUUCCCCCUGCACGAUGGAGACUUCAAGGACACAGGACAAGCAGAAUGGAAGAAUGACAGACAGCUUUUACAUGACGAGUGGGCCAAAUACGGAGCCUUUUACAAAUAUCAGCCCAUAGACCUUAUUAGGAAGUACUUUGGGGAGAAGAUUGGCCUUUACUUCGCCUGGCUCGGCGCCUACACUCAGCUGCUGGGCCUAGCCUCCCUGGUGGGCAUCAUCGUCUUCCUUUAUGGCUGCUUCACCAUCGACUCCAACGUGCCCAGCCUGGAGAUGUGUGACGAGAAUCAGAACUUCACCAUGUGUCCUCUGUGUGACCGCGCCUGUGACUACUGGCACCUGAGCACAGCCUGCGGAACGGCACGCGCCAGCCACCUCUUCGACAACCCAGCCACCGUCUUCUUCGCCAUCUUCAUGUCUCUCUGGGCGGUCAUGUUUCUGGAGCACUGGAAGAGGAGGCAGAACAGUUUGAACUACAGCUGGAAUAUGACUGGAAUGGAGGAGGAAGAGGAGCACCCCAGGCCUAAAUAUGAAACCAUCCUCCUUCAGAAGAGGCAGAAGAAGAGGAAAAACAGGAAAAAGAACAAAGCUGAGCCUGAGAAAAGUAUCGAGGAGGGCGGCGAUCUGGGCAAGGACAAAUGGAGACAGUGGUUGCUGUCUGCCAUGGCUUCAGGGAACCCGCCUGGAGAUGAGAAGCUUACAUGGUGGGACAGAGUGCCUGGAUAUUUCAUUAACAUCUCCUCCAUUCUCCUAAUGUUUGGCGUGACGUUCGCCGCCGUGUUCGCUGUGAUUAUGUACCGCAUCACCAUCUCCGCCCUGCUGGCCAUGAGUCCAGACCCCCAGGUCAAGUCCAACGUGCGCGUGACCGUCACGGCCACCGCCGUCAUCAUCAACUUGGUUGUCAUCCUCAUCCUGGAUGAGAUCUAUGGCUCUGUGGCAGUCUGGCUCACUGAACUGGAGAUUCCAAAGACAGAGACAAACUUUGAAGAGCGUCUGAUUCUGAAGGCUUUCCUCCUGAAGUUCAUGAACGCUUACGCCCCCAUUUUCUAUGUAGCCUUCUUCAAAGGGAGGUUUGCUGGCCGGCCAGGGGACUAUGUGUAUAUUUUCAAUGAAUACCGCAUGGAAGAGUGUGCUCCUGGUGGUUGUCUCAUUGAGUUGUGUAUUCAGCUCAGCAUCAUCAUGCUGGGGAAACAGCUCAUUCAGAACAACGUCUUUGAAAUCGGAAUUCCCAAGCUGAAGAAGCUCUUCCGCUCCUUGAGGGAGAAGAACCUGCAAGACCCAGAGGAGGGCGUGGAACAGACCAGCCGAAGCCUGCGCCAGUGGCACCUGGAUUUUGACCUGGAGCCCUUUGAAGGCCUUACACCUGAAUACAUGGAGAUGAUCAUCCAGUUUGGCUUUGUCUCCCUGUUUGUGGCCUCCUUUCCUUUGGCACCACUUUUUGCCCUCCUGAACAACAUCAUCGAGAUCCGACUUGACGCUAAGAAGUUUGUCACCGAGCUGCGCAGACCGGAUGCCGUGCGUGCGAAAGACAUCGGAAUAUGGUACAACAUCCUCAGUGGCAUGUGCAAAUUCUCCAUCAUCAUCAAUGCUUUCGUCAUCUCCUUCACAUCUGACUUCAUCCCUCGGCUUGUUUAUCAGUACAUGUACAGCGAGACUGGCACCAUGAAUGGCUUUAUCGACCACACCCUGUCUUACUUCAACGUCAGCCAUUUUAAAGAAGGCACGGCUCCUGUAGGCUCCUCUGUGAGCGUGUGCAGGUACAAGGAUUACAGAGAACCGCCGUGGUCGCCGCAGCCCUACCAGUUCUCCAAACAGUACUGGUCAGUCCUCGCAGCACGACUGGCCUUCGUGAUACUGUUCCAGAACCUGGUAAUGUUCAUGGGCUAUCUGGUGGCCUGGGUAAUCCCGGACGUGCCCAAAAACAUCAGUGAGCAGCUGAAGAGGGAGAAGACCCUGCUGGUGGACGUCUUCAUGAAUGAGGAAAAGGAGAAGCUGCAGCUCAUCCAGAGCCUCUUCUCCAAAGAGGCAGUGCUGCCGCGGCAACUGCCACAGCCCCGGCUGGAGUCGGAGCCAGCCUCCGAGGUGCAGCUACCUCUGCCCCACCUUACCCAGCCAGACGACCCCACUGCAGGCUGGGGCCCUCUGGCCCCCCGGCCCCGCACCCGUGCCCGUGCUGCCAGCUUCAGCCAGUUCACCCGCCAGGCCUCCAUGUCCCCCCACAGCGACGCAGGCAGGCACACAGCUGUGUGAGUAGAGGGAGGCGGGGUCAGGGGGUGGGGUCGGGUUCCGCAAACGGAUCUGCCGGCAAGGCAGUCUCCGAAGCACCAGUGCUCGGAGUGGAGGACUAGGAGACAAAGGAGGGCAGGGCCGAGCUGUCCGUCUUGUUGCUGAGGGCCAGCAAACCCCUCUUUGCAGUGUUUUUUCACUGGAGUUAAAAAGCAGAAAGCAGAAGAGGUCAUUAUUUACUCACCUCUGUACUGCAUGUCCGAGCAUAUGUCCACAAGCACCGUGUUUGUUUUGUUUUUUGUUUUGUUUAGUUUUUUGGUUUUUUUUACUUUGACAUGUCCAAGCAAUCUAUGGAGGAGACGGUUGCCCUGGGCACCCGGGCAGAGGCUUCACUGGACAGCUUGCAAUCAUCUCAUGCACAGAGCGACUGGUUGACAAGCAUAGACACUGGAGUGGGAGCAGGACUCUUAUCCAAGGGGCCUCUCACAUAUUUUGGAAUGUUUUCUCCCUCCAUCUGUUCUUGAACUGAGAAGAAGAUUCUUUCUUUUUUUGUGGGGCGGGGGCACUCCAACACUAAAGUGCACAUCUGGUUCAUACUCAUGCAGUCAUUGCACAAUUUGGGUAACUGCACAAACACAAAACUGCUUGCAAAUUUGAUGAGAUGUAGCGUAUCACAGCAAAUAAAUAUAAUUUUUCAUUUUCUCAGGUAAUGACAUCACUGUAGGCUUUAUUUGUUUAUCUGAAUAAUGUGACAUCUCUUGGUUUAAUAGAGAGCCUGAAAUUCAGUGGUCAAUAAAGAAUAAGGAAUAAGAAACUGUACUUUAAUCCACAAAUUGUAUUGUACAAAACCCAAUACAUAAAACUGAAUGAGUGUCAAAUCAUGUUACAGAUCUCUUUCUCUACAGAUGCAAAAUCACUGUAUAUUUCACGGUGAUUUGUUCAGUUUUUUAAUGUUCAUGUUUCAGGUGGUUUAGCUGAGGUAAGUUGCUGAGAUAUGUGUUAGGGGGUCUUUUGACAGGUAAGGCCCAAUGUACACAUUCAUGGCCAUAUCAUAAACCUUUUGAAUCUUGCAGUUCAUUGUAAUGUUUUUAAUGGGCUUCUGUAGUAUGUUUUAGUCUAAAUAAGACUAGUCAAUAGUCAUUACCUACUGAUAAAUCAACUGGGCCAAGGCACUGUCAGCCUAAAAAGUAUAACUUUAUAGCAGGCUCUUAACUUUAAGACAAGAUUUAACUUCUUCCAAGAUAUUUAAGUCUUCACUUAUUGGUCCAAUGUUCGGACUACAGCUUAGCAGUUGGUAUACUGCAGGAUAUGUUUAUGACUGUGGCCCCGCUGGGACCCAUUAGUGGCCAUAUCCAUAAUCUCCCCACGUUUGAUCACCUGAAGGAACAGUCAGUGCUACGUGGCCUGGAGCUGGGAGGAGGAAGGCCAGCCCCCAGCUAUCACAUUAAAGAACCCACAGUACUUCAUAUUCAUGCAAAGGUCCAUAUACAUUGUAUGUAUAUGAAAUUUAUUUGUGAAAGCAGCAGCUCUAUGGUGCUGCUAUGCUUGUUCCCAAUUUAUAGUCGGUCUUUAUUGUCACUUCCCCACAAGGAUGACUUGCCAAUAAGGAUCAAGGUGCCAUUUGUAUUCUACAGUCACAGUGCAACUCACCACACUGCAGCUUCAGGGAAGGAGCCAGAAGAAUUCUGGAUAUUGUCAAAACUGAGUAAUGUAGUCACACAAACCAGGCUGGAGGCUUAGAAAAGGCCUGAAAAAAACAGAAAAAACCCAGAAAACCUGACAUAGGGAGGCAUAAGAUGUUAAGUAAAAUAUUUAAAACAACAUAAGUAAUGGCAAGCCUGAUCUACCAAGAUCAAUCUUCUAAAACAGUUUCAGGUUAAUUUUGGUGUAAUCUUUGUCAAAUCUUUGUAACUCUGUGGGACAUCAUAAAUGACCAUGCUAAUCAUUUUGUAACUCUGUGGGACAUCAUAAAUUACCAUGAUAAUCAUU